UAUUUAUUUUUUGACACAUCGAAUUCUUAAUUGUAUGCAUUGCACGUGAAAAAUAACAAUAUCACAUAAAAUCUGAGUUUUAACAAAUUUAUUUAUAUAUUUAACAACACAAAAUGACAAAACCGGAGUUGAAAAUAAUUUUAGAAUUUAGUGCCGGGGCGGAACUUCUAUUUGGAAACAUUAAAAAACGUGAAGUAAUUUUAGAUGGAAAUAAAACAUGGACACUAAAGAGUUUUAUUAAAUGGAUGCAUGAUACAAUUCUCACAGAAAGACCAGAGCUUUUCAUUCAAAAUGAUUCUGUGCGGCCGGGUAUUCUCGUUCUAGUGAACGACACUGAUUGGGAGCUAUUGGGUGAAUUGGAAUACGAGCUUCAGCCAAAUGACAACGUUUUAUUCAUUUCAACACUACAUGGUGGAUAAAAUAAUUAAUGUUUUAAAUAGUUCGUAAUUUGUAAAAAUAAAAUUUAAUAUUUUCAUACACUUCAAA